AUGCCAUCUGUUGUCGAGUCCCCCUAUAAGCCUCAGCUGCCCAACCAGCAGCACAUGUUAGAAAAGGGUGCUAGUCUAACCCCGGGACGACGUCCCAAUAUUGAUAUCACCGACAUACGGCAAGCCGCCGUUGAAAUUAACCUAAAAGAGGAGAUCCAUAACUUACUACGUCCUCAAGAGGGACCCCGAAAAUUACCCACCUUACUCCUCUAUGAUGAGAAAGGUCUACAGCUGUUUGAACAGAUCACGUAUUUAGAAGAGUACUAUUUAACGAAUUAUGAGAUCCAAGUCCUGCGGCGUUCGGCUGCUGCAAUUGCUAGGUCAAUUCCGUCUGGAUCUCUAUUGCUUGAGUUAGGCAGCGGCAACUUGAGGAAGGUGACUCUUUUGCUUCGAGCUCUUGAGGACGCCGGCAAGAAGAUCGACUACUAUGCUCUUGAUUUGUCAGAGGAUGAGUUGUCAAGGACUCUGGCUCAAGUCCCAAAUUUUCGUCACGUACGGUGUCACGGACUGUUGGGAACGUACGAUGACGGCCGUGAAUGGUUAAAGAGGCCGCAGAUCGCCUCCAAGCGAAAGUGUAUUUUAUCUCUCGGAUCUAGCAUUGGUAACUUCCACCGCGACGAAGCAGCCUCGUUCCUGAGAGGUUUCGCCGAUGUUCUCCAGCCGGCGGAUAGCUUUUUGAUUGGAUUGGAUUCCUGCACAGAUCCUUCCAAGGUCUAUCACGCAUACAACGACAGACACGGCAUCACGCAUAGAUUCCUCUUGAAUGGGCUCUCUCAUGCAAACAAAGUGCUUGGGCAUGAGGCAUUUGACCUUAAUGACUGGCAAGCCAUUGGUGAAUACGUCUAUGACAUCGAGGGAGGACGCCAUCGAGCAUUCUAUUCGCCACUGCACGAUACAGUGGUCUUGGGAGAAACGAUCAAGGCCCAGGAGCGUAUUCAAGUCGAGCAGAGUCUAAAGUACUCGGAAGAGGGCUGCAGUAAUCUAUGGCGGUCAGCCGGUAUGAUCGAGGCUGAUCGUUGGAUGACCGAAGAUGAAGACUAUGGUCUUCACCUUCUAACCAAGCCAAACAUGACUCUCAGUCCUAACCCUUCAGAAUAUGCACGCUCCCCUGUCCCAUCUUUGAGGGACUUCGAGGGUCUAUGGGCUACAUGGGACAUCGUCACUAGGCGUAUGUUACCUAAUGAGGAGUUGUUAGACAAACCCAUCAAACUUCGGAAUGCCUGCAUUUUUUACCUUGGUCACAUCCCAACAUUCCUUGAUAUCCAAUUGACCAAGACCACCAAGAAUCCUCUUACAGAGCCGGCUUUCUAUUCGUCAAUCUUCGAAAGAGGAAUAGACCCAGAUGUGGACAACCCCGAAAUAUGUCAUCAGCACUCAGAAAUUCCAGACGAAUGGCCGCCUGUCGAAGAUAUUAUAGAGUACCAGGGGCGAGUACGGGACAGGUUGAAGAGCAUAUACUCCGUUGGUCUGGAGAACAUUCCCAGACACGUCGGAAGGGCCAUAUGGGUGGGCUUCGAGCAUGAGAUCAUGCACUUGGAAACGUUGCUCUAUAUGAUGCUGCAGAGUGGCAAGACUCUACCUCCACCCCACGUAAAGCGACCUAAUUUCGAGGCUCUAGCUCAAGAUGCAUAUGCUGCAAGGGUCAGCAACGAUUGGUUUGACAUACCUGAGCAGGAGCUCACAAUAGGACUCGAUGACCCCGACGAUGUGCAAAACUCGACGAAUCAUUUUGGAUGGGAUAAUGAGAAACCUCCCAGGCGUGUAAAAGUGCAUAGCUUUCAAGCUAAGGGGAGGCCCAUUACCAAUGAAGAGUACGCGCUAUACAUGUACAAUACCAAGAAAGAAAAGGCCCCCGCCUCUUGGAUUGACGAAGGCUCAAGCCGCAACGAAGACACUAAUGGUCACCAAGCCAAGGAAACAAAUGGUAAUACAAACGGCCACACCAAUGGGGCUAAUGGCCAACAAGCUCUUCCUCUAUCUUUCUUGGACGGCAAGAGUGUGCGUACUGUCUACGGGCCAGUACCGCUUAAAUAUGCGCUCGACUGGCCGGUAUUCGCAUCGUAUGAUGAGCUUUCAGCGUGUGCGGCCUGGUUGGGAGGUCGAAUUCCUACGUUUGAGGAAGCUCGAAGCAUCUAUUCUCAUGUUGACAGCAUGAAGAGGAAGGAAGCCGAGCGCCAGUUAGGCAGGACAGUCCCAGCAGUUAAUGCUCACUUAGUCAACGAUGGCGUCGAGGAAACGCCACCGUCAAGUACUGUCCAAGAAGUCGGUGGCAGCUCCUCCACAAAUGAUGAGCCGUUUAUCGACCUCAGUGAUGCCAAUGUUGGCUUCCGCCAUUGGCAUCCAGUAGCCGUGACUCCCCACGGCAACCGUCUAGCGGGCCAGGCUCAGAUGGGUGGCGUAUGGGAAUGGACCAGCUCCCCACUUAGGCCACAUGAAGGCUUCAAGCCGCUAGCCCUCUAUCCGGGGUAUACCGCCGACUUCUUCGAUGAGAAGCACAAUAUCGUGCUCGGCGGCUCGUGGGCUACGCACCCUCGCAUUGCAGGAAGGAAGACAUUUGUAAACUGGUACCAGCGCAACUACCUCUACGCCUGGGUCGGCGCGAGGCUUGUCCGCGACCUAUGA